GAAAGACAGCAACGUGCCCCGCAACCCCCCAUCCUGUCUCCACGCACAUGGCCGUUGUUUCUUGUGCUGCUAGAGUAGAAUCUCACAGUUGCGGGGCUAAAGAAAGAGAAGGACGUGUCUAUUUGCCUAUAAAUGGCGUUGGGUAGAGUCGUGGUGGGCGAUCGCCGUCAUCAUAUCCCCCGCAACAUCCACAAGACAGUCCAUCAACCUGAAGCCAGUUGACCAACAACAUCAAGAUGCCGUGCGAAGAUGUUGAGUUCAAGACGCAAGACGGUCUGACCUUGCGAGGGUUGUUUUACACCCCAGCAACUGCCUCCAAAGGGGCCAAGCUCCCUUGCAUUGUGAUGAGCAAUGGCUUUGGCGCGAUAAAAGAGAUGGGCAUAUUGCCUUUCGCCGAGCGGUUUCCGGCUGAGCUUCCCGUCACGGUGCUGCUUUACGACAAUCGAAAUCUUGGUGCGAGUGAUGGAGAACCUCGACAGGAGGUCAUUCCUGCUCAUCAAAUCGCCGACUACAGCGACGCAAUCACCUAUGCUCAGCUGCGACCGGACGUUGAUGAGAAGAAGAUCGCAGUCUGGGGCACGAGCUACAGUGCCGCUCACGUUCUCACGGUUGCAGCCGUUGAUCGCAGAGUGAAGGCGGUGAUCAGCCAGUUCCCUGUCACAGAUGGAUGGACCAAUUUCCAUCGGAUGACCAGAAACGAUUUGGUGAAGAACAUGGAGGCCCUGUUUGAGAAGGAUCGCCAAGGACGCGCCAGAGGUGAACCGGCAAUUACGAUCAAGAAUGUAUCCAACCAACCCGACAAGGAACUUUGCAAUCUUCCGACUCCAGAUAGCUACGAAUAUGUAACUUCAUGGAUGAAGAAGUACCCCGCAGUAAGGAACGAAAUCACAGUCUCGAGCAUCGAAGCCUUCCGAGCAUACAAUGCGUCCGGCUACAUCCAUCACAUCUCUCCCACGCCAUUGCUUAUGUGCGUCGCGGACAAGGAUGAGCUCACACCUACCGAUAUUGCCAUCGAAUCCUACUCGCGUGCACGGGAGCCCAAGGACAUCUAUAUCUUCCCAGGUGGUCAUUACGACGGUUAUUAUGGAGAAACAUUCGAGAAGGUCAUCGCUUACCAGAUUGGGUUCUGGAAGAAGCAUUUUCUGGUGUAAUGCGAGUGACGGUUCUAAAUGCCUGUGGUGAGAAAUGUGUAUCAAACAACUCGAAUUCUUACUGUAGACCAAUAUUUUC